AUGACGCGGGAGGUGAACGGCGGUGAUGCGGGUGGUGUUCAAACUCCAAAGGAUAUUUUUAAAACCGCCGCGGUAUUCGUUUUAAGGAGAGAAAAGCGUUUGAUGUCACCGAGAGAAAUCACCCAAUUUGCACUCGUCAACGAGUUGUUGUUGUUCCCGGGAGAGACUAAAAACAAAACACCGAUACAGAGCAUGGAGAACGCUCUGAACGCGGACGCAAACCAGACAAACGAAAACGAGAGAGUGUUCGUGCGCGUGAUCGUGGACUACGAUCAGUCGUUUUUCGGUUUAAGAGAGUGGCACAACGAUCCGACGUUGAAAUAUUUGUUGUUGCAAAAGGAAGAGAAGAAGAAAAGAAAAGCGGACGACAAAUACGUUCCUCCUGUGAAGAAGGUUCCGGUAAAGAAGAACCCCGCGGUGAUAGCGGCGCCUUUAAAGACGGAGGAGGAUGAGGAGGAAGAAGAAGUGGACAGGGAAAGCAUCCCAAAGCAUCCCAUCGUCCUUCCGAUUUGGCCCACCGAUCCAAUCUUGACGAAAGAGAGAUCCGAAGUAGGAAAAUUUAGAGUAGGAGGGUGGGGGAAAAGAAGAGGAAGAGGGAAACAGAAGCAACCGACCAAAGAGGAUUACAAAACGAGCGCGGAAGAAUUAUCGGAGGUGAUAAAGAGAGUUAAAGAACGCUUGGAGAAUAUUGACAGUCGAUUACACCGGUUGGAAACGCUCGUGUCUACAAACAUGGCGUCUUUUGGUCAAUCGCUCGAGAGAAUCGGUGAACUCGUCGAGCCAUUUUUGGGAGCGGGAGAGAGAGAGCGAAAGAGAGCCGGAGAAGAGGAAAAGGAAGAGGAAGAAGAAGAAGAAGAAGAAGAAGAAGAAGAAGAAGAAGACGCGGACGUGAACGACUUGCGCAACUCGCCUCGUUUUCGACCGAUGGUGAGAAAGAGUGAAGAGUAA